AUGGCGGAGCCGGCGCCCCCCGCGGCGGAGCUGGCCCUGCGGCGCCGCUGCCCCCCCCGCCUGCCGCGGCGCCCGGGCGACGUCUACGUCAACAUGCAGACGGAUUUCAAGGCGCAGCUGAGCCGGUGCCAGAAGCUGCUGGGCCCCGGCGGCGGCUGCGCCGAGAUCUGCAUCCACGGGCUGGGCCUGGCCAUCAACCGGGCCAUCAACAUCGCCCUGCAGCUCCAGGCGGGCGGCGCCGGCGCCCUGCGGCUCGCCGCCAACACUUCCACCGUGCCGCUGGCCGAUGGGCUGGAGCCCCAGGGCGACGAGGACGGGCGCCCGCCCCUCGCCCGGGCCCGCAACAACUCUGCCAUCCACAUCCGGGUGUGCCGGGCUGCGCCCCCGCCCUGA